AUUCAUUCAUUCACUUCUGAUUGCUCUCGCAGAAAGUACUCUUCAAUUUGUGAGAUUUUGUGAAAAAUAAGCAAACAAGAAAUUCGUAUAUCCUGCGUUUAAGCUGAGAAGUUUAUUGAACCUAUAAGAAUCAAUCACUCAAUUUUGCAGAUUUUCUGUAAACACAAAGUAUAAAAUGUCAUUCAAGUGGAAGCAAUGUAAUGUCUCAGAUCCACCUAGAAAAGCAGUUCAAGGUGGAACGGAUGUUGGGGGAGAACCAAUGUUCGUCGGCCGUGCUAUGUAUAAUGGAGUUAUGUUACCUGCUAAAAUCAUUCCAGCUAAUGGAAGUGCUUAUGUCUGUUAUGAUGGUGCCGAAGUUCCUGUCUUUGAUGUUGAAGUUCUUACUGGAAAGGCAAAGCGCUUUAAUUGGGUACCUGCUGCAGGCGGAACGGUUCCUGAUGGAGCAAUCCCUGCAGGUCAGUAUGGAGAUGAACAAUUAUUUAUUGGCCGAGCAUUCCACGAAGGUUCAUUAACUGUCGGAAAAGUUCAUCCAUCUCAUGGUGUUUUGUAUAUUCCAUUUGGUGGUGCUGAGGUUUCAUGUCCACAUUAUGAAGUUCUUGUUAGUAGCGGAAAAAGAUCAUUUGGUGGAAACAACAGUUCUAGCGAUAGUGAUUAAAUAUUUUUACGACUGCAACAAAAUUUCAAGAAAACGAAUAUUUUUUUUUAUAAAGCUACGAAAUAAAAAUUUCUUAUACUCAGCUCGUUAA